AUGGGCUCGGCCGUCUGGGUCCUGCUGGCCCUGCUGGCGCCCAGCCUGCUGCGGGGGGCACCGCUAUCCCUCUUUUUCUCCCCGCUCCUCCAGGUUCCCCCCCCGCUGCUGGAGGUGCGGGAGGCCGGGGGUCAGAUCCUGCUGCUCUGUGGGGCCCGGGGCCCCCGGCUGCGCUGGGUCUGGUCCCCCCGAUACCCCAAAUGCGCCGGCAACCCCGGAGACCUGCUCGAAAUCGCCCGGCUGCCCCCGGGGCCGGAGCCCCCCCCAGCCCAGUUCAGGGGGCGCCUGGACCCCCAGUCCUCCAGCCUGGGGGCCCUGCUGCUCCGGGACCUGGUCAUGAGAGACUCGGGGACCUUCACCUGCCUCGGGAAGUCUGGGGCCGAGCCCCCCAUCCGGCUGGAGGUGACAGGAGGCUGUCGGAACAACCUUACUGUCUCCUCCAACCGGACGUCCCCCUCGGCCCUGACCCUCCACUGCCAGCGCUGCCCCCUGCUGGCUGGCUCGGCCUCCUUCCGCUGGUUCCUCAACUCCCAGCCCCUGGGCAACCUGCGCUGGGCUACCAAGGGGGAGCAGGGGGCUACGGUGCGACUGGACCCGUCCCGGCGCUGGGCCUGGGGGCACUGGGAAUGCCGCCUCCUCGGUGUCUCCUCUGGGGGCUUUGAGUUGUGUGUGGAGCCCCCCCUCGGGGCAGGGGGCGCAGGCCCCAGCUCUGAGUGUUGGAUAUGCGUUACGGCACCAAUGGCGGUUCUGGGUCUGAUCGGCGCAGGGCUGGGUGCUUGGCACCUGUGGAGACGGGGCAGGAACCAACGGAAUCAAAACAAAUGAGAGAACGAAACAGGAGCCCCUGGGCCCCGUUUAUCCCCCUUGGAAGAGCUGCAGCUUGGAGCCAAAUCGACCGAAAAACGCCUUGUGCCCCAGAGUUGGGAAAGAAAAGUGAGAGAGUGAGGGGCACCGGCAGAGCUGGGGGGCAGGAGGUAGCAGGGGGAAAUCUCUGUAACUUAUUGCCCCUUCUCUCCCCAGGUCCCAGGCACCCUGCUUUAUGCUGAAGUCCAGCACCCACUGGUGGCUCGAGCCCCAGCCCCCCCCCCCCCCGGCACCACGGUCUAUGCCACUAUUGUCUGACCCCCACCCGCCCCGGCUCCGCUUCCCCCUCCUGUCCACCCCCUUCAUGAGUUGCAUUCACACCCUGGCUCCCAUUGCAGGUGAUGGGAAAUUCAGCUGGAAGAUGCAAGACAUCUCUGUUAGAAUCUUGUGGUGGGGAGUUCCACAGGUUAACGGAUUGUGGCAUUAAA